UUUUCAACUUUUUCAUUGUCAUUCCUUAUGAAAUAUAUCAGAUUGCCUUUUAUAGCUUUUCCACCUUCAUCACUGAACUUGUUGUCACCAGGAUAUUCUUCAUUUGCACGUUAAGUCACGCAUAAUUAAGAAAACCGGAAGUCGGCCAUGUUGGACGAUAUGUAAGCGUGUUUUAGGGCACGGUCACAGUAGUGAAUAUGUAAGUUAUCUAAGUUUGCCAUGCCAACUCUAUGUGCUGUAGUUGGUUGUGGCCACAACAAUGUUCGCGACAAAGGAAAAUACAGUUUUUUUCGAAUUCCGAAAAUUAUAAGUCAUAAUGGUGAAGAAACAGAACGAUUAAGCACUGAAAGAAGGAAACGAUGGUUCAAGAAUAUUCACCGAUCUGACAAAGAUCUGACCGAGAAAAAAGCCGAAACAACCCGAGUUUGUAGCGCACAUUUUGUUUCAGGAAAGCCAUCGGAUCUUUACGAUAAAAAUAAUGUGGAUUGGGCUCCUACAGUAAAUAUGGGACAUUCAAACAUAAAGGACCCUGCUGCUGCCGCAUCCCGAGGAUCAAGAGCUGAGAAAAGGGCAAAAAUAUCGAUCCAACCGGUCAAGAACAAGCGGGCUAAGAAGAAGUCUGAGGUGACAACUGAGUCAACUGACACAAGUUCAGCGAGCUCUCACGACUUUGACAACUACUUUCAUGAUAUUCCACUCCAAGAGUAUGUUAGUCAAGACUCUGAUUUAGACAAGGGAUGUCAGUUUCAUGUUGCUACACUAGAAGCAUCUGUGCAGACCACAGAGACAAUUAUUGACCUACACAAUAAAGACGAGUACACUCGCAACCUACAGUGUGAGCUUUCUGAGCUCAAGCAAAAGCUCCUUGAUGCUCAGCUUAACAUGGAAACAUUUCAAAAUAACAACGAGAAAACCCAAUUUUACACUGGUCUUCCAAACUUUUUUAUGUUAAUUCAAGUAUAUCAUUUAGUUCUACCAUAUAUCAAGUCAACGAGUACUAAUGCAUUGACACCAUUUCAAGAGCUGUUGCUUGUUCUUAUAAGAGUAAGGCUUAAUGUCCCACUACAAGAUCUGGCUUAUAGAUUUCAGAUAGCCUCUUCCACUGCAGGGCGCAUUUUUGAUCGUUGGAGUGAAGUGUUGUCUGACCGUCUUGGUUUUCUUAUACAUUGGCCUGACAGAGAUCAACUUAGAGCCACAAUGCCAUCAGUCUUUCAAAAAAACUUCGGGAACAAGGUGUCAGUGAUUAUUGAUUGUUUUGAGGUGUUUAUUGAAAGACCAUCUAGCUUGAUUGCUCGAGCAAUGACAUGGUCAAAUUAUAAACACCACAACACUGUAAAAUUUUUAAUAGGUAUUACUACCCAAGGCUCUAUAUCAUUUAUAUCUAAAGCAUGGGGUGGUCGAGUAAGUGAUAAAUACCUGACAGAAAAUUGUGGAAUCUUGAGGAAAUUACUUCCUGGUGACAUUGUGCUUGCAGACAGAGGUUUUGAUAUCGCAGAUAGUGUUGCCUUACAGCAAGCCAAACUGCAUAUACCAGCAUUUACCAGAGGAAAGAAACAGUUGUCAGCCAUUGAAGUGGAAACUACCAGGAAAAUAGCAAAUGUCCGGAUACAUGUGGAAAGAGUGAUCGGACUUGCCCGGCGUAAAUAUACAAUUUUACAAAGUAUUCUGCCAAUUACCUUGUUGAAAGCAAAAAGUGGCAAGCAAGCAUCCAUUGAUAGAAUUGCAAAAUUAUGUUGUGCCCUGACUAACUUGUCAGAUUCAAUUGUGCCUUUUGAGUAGUCAAAGUAUUUAAUACAUAGUUGGUCUAGUCCUUUCAAAAAUAUCAGUAAAUAGAAAGCAAUAUUUUAACAACAAUAUAGCAGUGAAAUAAACAGUUUAUUUCAUGAUUUAACAAUGUAAACAAAUUGGUUAUAACUUUGCAAAUCACUAAACACCAUUUAGUAAACACAAUUUAGUACUUAGGUGUGAGCACCCUGUCAAUUUUCUAUUAUUAUAUGUGGCAGAACAUACAGUGCAGUACUCAAUAUUCCAAUUGACGUAAAUGGGUAUGGAUUGAAUGACUUCUUUCUAUUACUAGUGAUAUCAUGAACAUAGUAAACACUGUUUUGUACUUGUAA